AUGGAUCAAUCACCGGGAUUAGACAUUUCACAGGAACCAGAAAGUGCCGACCCACAAGAUGCCUAUGAACGUGGGCAUGGCCCUUAUCAGCCACACGAACCGGGUUAUGGUCUUGACCAGCCCGGAUACAGCCCAUACGAGGAUGAGAUUCCCGAUCCCCAAACCCGGAUGCUGGCAGUCAAGAAUGCAAAAGCCUAUUUACUGAAGACCAGCACAAAAUCUGGCCUGAACUUAUAUGAUCAUUUUGCUAAUAUACUAACAAAGAUCCUGGAUGAACAGCCCACAAAUACGGUAGACAUAAUUGAAAAUAUCAGCAAGGAUGUGAAGUGGGCUCAGUUUCGGAAAAAAAUGGACACUCUUCGAGAUGAACAUUUGAUUCUUCCAACAUUUGAAGCUGCAGAAAAGUAUAAAGCUUUGUUCAUCAAGGAAGAUGGAGAAGAAGAACAUGAAGAAUUAGAAGAAGAGAUGGGACAGCCCUCUCUACCAAACGUGAUGGAAACAGCCUUUUACUUUGAACAGGCUGGAAUUGGCCUGAACAAAGAUGAAUCCUAUUACAUAUUCCUUGCCCUUAAAAACCUAAUUAAUGUUCAGCCAAUCCAGACCUGUCGCUUCUGGGGCAAAAUUUUGGGCCUGGAAAUGAACUAUAUUAUAGCUGAAGUACAGUUACAGGAAGGGGAAGAGGAGGAAGAAAUAGGAGAGGAAGGAGAGGAAACUGUUGAUGAAGGACAGAAAGAGGUGGGUGAGGCUGAAGAAGAAAAUGAGCAGAAAGCAAAAGAAGCUGAACCACCAAAGUCCACCUAUAAACCACCACCUGAGAUCCCAAAAGAAGCAAAUGGGACUGGGACUAAUAAAUAUGUCUACUUUGUCUGUAACGAGCCAGGCACACCCUGGGUGAAGUUGCCUCCAGUGACACCAGCCCAGAUUGUCUGUGCCAGGAAGAUCAAGAAGUUCUUCACUGGUCGGCUGGAUGCUCCUGUUGUGAGCUUUCCUCCUUUUCCUGGAAAUGAGGCCAAUUACCUGCGCGCUCAGAUAGCUCGAAUCUCAGCAGGAACCCAUGUCUCUCCCACUGGAUUUUACCAGUUUGCAAAUGAGGACGAAGAAGAAGAUGAAGGAGCAGACACAUAUGAAGAAAACCCUGAGUUUGAGCCUCCUCCUGUGGCUGAAAUGGUGGAGUCCCUCGCCACGUGGGCACACCAUGUCAAGGGCAUUCUAAGUCAGGGUCGCUGCGUUUGGAUUAAUCCUUCUCAAAAAUCAGAGGAAAAUGAAGAAGAAGAUGAAGAGGAGGAAGAGGAGGAGGGAGACGAGCAACAGGAAGAAAGAGGACCACCCCUUCUUACUCUAAUCUCUGAAGAUGAAGGCAUGAAAGACAUCCCUGCUUGGACAGCUCAGGCUUCUACAGACCUGAUCCCACAAUAUUCUGUUGCAAUCCUGCAGUCUAACCGGUGGCCUGGAGCUUAUGCUUUUGCAUCUGGCAGGAAAUUUGAGAACAUCUACUUUGGCUGGGGUCACAAAUACAGUCCAGAAAGCCUCACUCCUGCACUACCCCCGCCAGCACAAGCAGAAUUCCCCAGCGGGCCAGGAAUCACUGAGACUGUGGACCCCACUGUGGAAGAGGAAAUGGCUUUCAAGGUUGCACAGGAAGAAGCCUUAGCCGAAGCUGGGGAAGGGGAAGAUGAGGAAGGGGAGGAUGAUUAA